AUGAAGCAGAAUGUUCUCAUAGUUGCAUUCAAAGUCCAUUAUGUACAACCUGAUGAUCUCAUUCUCAGCCAUUCAACAUCACGCCGUGUAAAACAGCAAAGAGUAGAAAAGAGCGUCGGGGCAAAUAUAAGGCGUCGGGGCUAUGUAAUUCUGUGGGACUUUGAACAACGCAAGGAAUUGGCCCGGCACGAUUUGCAUAAGGUCCGUGUCCAAUCUAUUUGUUUUACGGCCCAUGAUAAAUAUGUAAUAUCAGUUGGUGGUCGGGAUGAUGGUUCUGUAAUAGUUUUUGAUAUUGCAACACUUACACCCAUAUGUAGAUCAGUUGCUUCCAGAUCCAUUAAUGGUAACGCCAUAGUUGUGAGGGCUUUACAGGAUAACCCAUCGUUCUUCAUAACAGCUGGAGAUCGUCAUCUUCGCAUUUGGAGUAUACAGCGUGAGAUGAAAAAGGUCAACGUGCACGAUGUGUAUGUGGGUAAACAUCAACGACGUUAUACGAGCAUUUCCAUUGAUCUUCGUGACGAAUAUGUUUAUUUGGGAACAUUUAGUGGCGAUGUUAUCAAAAUUAUUCUCAAUUGUUGCGACUCGGCCAAUGUAACAAAGGCGGGCACAUUUUCCUCUAUGGUGGGGGCAUAUGGCACACAUAAUCCCCGCAAACCAUUUGGUAAAGAUUGUAAUCGUUAUGUAAAUGGCUUGAGAGUGGUUUAUAUUGUCGAUGACGGACUGCUGCUAAUGGGUGCCGGUGAUGGGGUGUUGGAAUUGGUGGAGGAGCGAAAGGAUAUCCGGGAGACAAGUUUUAAAAAUUAUCCCAGUCCCACGUGGCCCAUGUUGAAAACGCUCAAAAGAACCAAAGUCAAUGGAGCAAUAACCUCAAUGGUUCAGAUCACACCCAUCGAAUAUUACAUUGCCACGGAAGCCAAUGAAAUAUAUUUGCUGAACAUAAAAAUGUUUACUUUGAAACUGCUGAAGACCUCACAUCGGGAAGCUGUGCACAAUAUUGUUUUCCCCAAAAAUCUUUCUUCAGUCUUUGCCACGGCCGGCUAUGAAACCAUACGAAUUUGGUCGACGAAACGUCUGCAGGAAUUACUGCGUAUAAUGGUAUAUAAUUUCCAGUGUGCAGAUAUUGAAUUUACCAACGACGGCAGCAGCUUGGUCUCAGUGUGGAAUGAUGGUGUAAUACGUGUAUAUAGUAUAUUUACCUUGUCAUUCCGUUUGUAA